GCCCGCUGUAGCUGUCACAACAGAAAUCCCUCUGCCUUUAGAAAAUGCUGGAGUGCUUUUUUUCCAAAAGUGAAAAAACUCCAUGGACAAGAGCUAAACGGUGGUGGUGGUGUAUUUUGACAAUGAUCCUGAUGUUGGGAACGUUUAUGUUAACUUUCUACAUUUCGAACCCCCAAGUGUCAUGGCCUUUAAAGUUUUGGACAAGGUUAAGGUCAAGCCAAUCUUACGACGAUGACAGCACUUCACCACCAGAGGAUUCUUCAGCGUACUUUGUGCCUUACCCGCACAGGUAUCGAUUCAUAUUGGACGAACCCCAUAGAUGUUUGCAGGAAAGCCCAUUCUUAGUCCUUGUGAUUCCAGUCGCACCCCACAACAGAGAGGCCCGUGACACAAUCCGUAACACAUGGGGGAGAGAAACCACAGUGCUGGGUCAGGUCGUGAGCCACUACUUCCUGCUGGGACUGUCCAAAGAGGAAGAUGGGACUGCAACCUCCAAGGAGCAAGUGUUAGAGGAAAGCCAGAGACAUCAUGAUAUUCUCCAGAGUGACUUUUUGGACAGCUAUAAUAACCUCACCAUUAAAACCAUGGUCAUGUUCGAAUGGCUUGGCUCCCAUUGCCCCAACACCCCCUAUGCCAUGAAGGUAGACUCGGACAUGUUCCUCAAUGUCCACAACCUUGUUGACUUGCUUUUGAAAGCCCCCAAACAACUUUACAUGACAGGAAUGGUUGCGAGGAAUGCUUUUGUUAUAAGAGACCGUACAUCGAAGUGGUUUUUGCCCUAUUCUGCCUUCUCUGGGUCCAGAUACCCACCGUAUACCUUGGGACUGGGCUAUGUGUUCUCACUGGAUUUACCCAAGAAGAUACUGGAGGCAUCUGCACAUGUUAAAGCUAUUUACAUUGAAGACGUGUAUGUGGGAAUGUGUAUGAAGCAUAUGGGAUUCCAACUGACUGAUCCUCCUCGUGGUGAUUUGUUCAGGGCAUGGGGAUUGAUUCCUGAUGGGACAAGCAACUGUUACUGGACUUCUGUCAUUACAACAAUACUGCAAAACCCUAACCAGCUUUCAGAAGCAUGGAGAUCAUAUCGUUCUAUGAAUACUUCUGACUGUGCUUAG